UAGAGGACCCUUGCUGAGCUGCAGAGGCUUGUUGUGAUCGACAAAGAAUGAAAACAUGAGAGCGUGGGUGGAAACAUUCUUGCUGCUGCUGUUGGCCGCUUUGCCACCAGUCCAAACACGCAGAUUCUCGUCCUUUUUCGGCCCCAGUUCUUACAAAGUCAGCAGCCUCAAUGGCGUGGACCCUGGAGCUCCUCUUUUUGUCACUCCCUAUCUGGAGAAGGGUGCCAUUGAUGAAGCCAGGGCACUAAGUCAGGUUAGAGAGCUGCCUGGUGACAACGUGAAGAGUCAUGCAGGUUAUUUCACGGUCAACAAGAAAUACAACAGCAAUCUCUUCUUCUGGUUCUUCCCUGCACUCAUGCCCACCCAGAAGAAGUCUCCAGUCCUGCUGUGGCUCCAGGGCGGUCCUGGUGGCACCUCACUGUUUGGGCUCUUUGUGGAACAUGGACCUUAUGUGGUUUAUAAGAACAUGACAGUGGGUCUGAGGGAUUACGCCUGGACUAAAAGAUAUUCUGUGUUAUACAUUGAUAAUCCAGUUGGAACAGGUUACAGCUUCACUGAUGAUGAUCGGGGUUUUGCUCAGAAUCAGGAUGAUGUAGGCAGAGAUCUAUACAGUGCUUUAACGCAGUUCUUCCAACUCUUUCCGGAAUAUCAGUCAAACGACUUCUAUGCUACUGGAGAGUCGUACGCAGGGAAGUACGUUCCUGCUGUGUCGUACUACAUCCAUAAAAACAACCCCACCGCCAAGGUAAAGAUCAACUUUAAGGGCAUGGCCAUCGGUGAUGGCCUGUGUGACCCGGAAAUGAUGUUGGGUGGCUAUGGGGAGUUUUUGUACCAGACGGGUAUGAUCGAUGAAAUCCAAAAACAAUACGUCAUAAAGCAGACCGACUUGGGUGUCCAACUCAUUCAGCAGCAGCAGUGGCUGGAGGCCUUCAAGGUUUUUGACAGCUUGCUGAACGGGGACAUGUCGACAUAUCCUUCCUUCUUCCAGAAUGCAACAGGCUGCACCAACUACUUCAACUACUUGUUAUGUCAGGAACCAGAAGACCAGGAAUACUUCAGCAGGUUUGUGACGCUCCCAGAGGUGCGGCGCGCCAUCCACGUGGGCAACCUGGAGUUUCACGAUGGCUCGCAGGUGGAGAAGCACCUGCUGCAGGACGUGAUGAAGAGCAUCAAACCCUGGCUGGCCGUGCUCAUGGACAACUACAAGGUGUUGAUUUAUAGCGGCCAGCUGGACGUGAUCGUCGCGGCCCCUCUGACGGAGAGGUUCCUGCCCACCGUCAACUGGACCGGAGCGGACGACUACAGGUCGGCGCCUCGCUUCCACUGGAAGGUUCAGCCCACCGACACGGAGGUGGCAGGUUAUGUCAGACAAGUGGGAGAGUUCUACCAGGUCGUCAUUAGAGGAGGCGGCCACAUUCUGCCUUAUGACCAACCAGCAAGGUCCUUUGAUAUGAUUGACAGGUUCCUCUCCACGCGAGGAUGGAAGUAAAGGGAUUUCUUCUUAAAGAUGAUCAACCACUGUGAAAAUCAAUAAGCACAAUGAUUGUUUUACAGAUAUUUGCUAAUCAUCUCCAUAAUGGAUUUGUGUUCUAAUGGCUGCUCAUGUUUUAGUCAUCACUUUACAAUCUUGUACUGUACAAGUCUUAGACCAUUUUAGACUCUUUUAUAUGUUUUUAAAUUAAAGUUGGCUGCAUUUACCCCCCCCUCCCGAAAAAAAUAUUUCUGUUUUUGUUUUUUUGAUUUUACCAGGAAAUAAAAUGCACUUUU